GUGUUUGCCUAAAAUUUGGAUUAUUCCUAAAUACUGAAAUACGAAUUUAAACCAAAUCUUAAAUUCGGGAAUAAGAUUUUCGUAAUGUUCAGACUAUCACACAAAAUUUUGACCAUUUCAGCUUUCUGUAUUCAAGUAGAGUCCAAAUAGUUUCUUGGCUGACUGAGACCAUGCAAGAAAUAUUAAAGCAUAAUUAACAUGAUAAUUAUUAAGAGAAAUCCACAAUACCCAUAGCAGCAGAUUAACUUCUUGCAAUUGAUUUUUGAUACUUCAAGUAACAUUAAAUACAAACUUUUGUUUAUCAGUCUAUGUUUAACUUUAUUCCAUCACUUCUCCCAAGCGUCCAGGCAGUCAGACGUAUAUUUUCAAUGGCAAAACCACAAGUAAUUUUUGUACUUGGUGGGCCAGGUGCUGGGAAAGGCACUCAAUGUGCAAAGAUUGUUGAGAAAUUUGGAUAUGUUCAUCUUUCUGCUGGUGAUUUGCUAAGGAAAGAGAAGAAUACACCUGAUUCUAAAGUUGGUCAACUCAUUGCUAACUACAUAAGAGAAGGCAAAAUUGUUCCAGUGAAAAUUACAUGUGGUCUUUUAGAAAAGGCAAUGAAUGAAACAAUGGAAGAGACAAAUGGAGAAAAAUAUAAAUUCCUAAUUGAUGGAUUCCCAAGAAAUAAAGAUAAUUUAGAUGGUUGGAAUGAUGCCAUGAAUGACAAAGUUGAUUUGAAAUUUGUUCUAUUUUUCGACUGUCCCGAGUCUGUCUGUACGACAAGGAUUCUUGAACGAGGCCAAACUAGUGGAAGGACAGAUGACAAUGCUGAUAGCUUGAAAAAACGUUUUAAUACCUAUGCAACUGAAACAAAACCUAUAAUUGACCAUUACGGCGAAUCAGGAAAAGUUAGAAAAAUAGCAGCUGAUCAUGAUCCAGAAACAGUAUUUCAAGAAACUAGCAAGUAUUUUCAAUAAUAUCAAACCAUUGUGUGUCAAUGAAAAGACAUCUUAGUUAGUUCCUCUGCCAGUUCAAUUCUCUAUGAUAGAAAUUCAAGGCAAAAAAGAUAUUGGAUCUCAAAUUUUUGUGUAUUUAUUUUAUAUUGAUAUUUUCGGCAGCACAAAGUUAAAUUACUGUACUAGGCCCAUCUUAUUCUUGUAUGUAAUUAUGCACCGCAGAGUAAUAUCAGCAGCAUGUUGUAGUCUAGAUUUGGAUCGAUAAUACUCUUUUAUUAUUGAAAAUUCAACAAUGCACAUAAUCAUGUAAUAUUUGUUCACAAAUAACAAUUUUGUUUCUUCGGUAGUCAACGUAUAUUUGUUUAUAAACUUUGUCUUCAACUUUAUUUAAAUGAGAGCAUAUUCGUACUCAGAAUAACUGUAUAAGUCAGUAGACCACAGUUAAAGUGCUUUUGUAUACAAAUUUAGUUAACAUUCAUUGAUUGCAAAAUGGCAAAUGAAUGCUUGUGGAUAUUAAUAUUAUUGUUAUGUUCAAAGGAUAUUUACAGGGUGGAUUAUUUUUGUUGUCAUUUUGAAAUCUAUGUGCAGUAAUUUAUAUCUUCAAUCAAAUAUUUUCGUACCUGCCUAUUUGUGAAUUAUUGUGUGAUUUGUUUUAUUUACGGUAGCUUUAUCCUAUUUUAGUACUCAUUAUUCUAGGGAUCAAAAGUAUUGAAUUUUUUCAUAAUUUGCAAAUAUAGACAAGAAAUGCUUCGUAAA